AUGAAUGUGCUUUCUACUAAUGUUAGAGGUUUAGGAGUCGAUAGGAAGGCUAAGUGGAUCAGGGAUCUCAGGAAAGCAGAGAAGGUUCAAUUAUUAAUGGUUCAGGAAUCGGGGAGGUCGGACAUUCCUGAUGCGGAUGUUUCUUUGAUUUGGGGAAACUCCAACUGGGAGAAGGAGGUGGUGGAUCCAGUUGGUAGAUCCGGGGGUCUAAUCUGUAUUUGGGAAAAAGGGACUUUUUCGUUAUCUUCGUCGGUUAAAGAUCCUAAUUUCCUUUUGAUUUCAGGCCACCUAAAAGGUAGUAGUGAUAUGUUUAAUUUUGUGAACGUUUACGGACCUCAAAACCAGGUGGGUAAAAGAGAUCUAUGGACUAGAUUGCUGGAUCUUAUGAGCUCUCGGUCUGGGCUGUGGUUUUUCGCCGGCGAUUUUAACGUUGUUAGAGGCCCGGAAGAAAGGAGGAACUCCAAAUAUAAACCGUUGUGUGCUAGAGAAUUUAACGAGUUCAUCUUCGAAGCUGAACUGUGUGAAUAUGAGUUGAAGGGUUCUAGAUUCACGUUCAUGGUCGAAGGGAGGAAUGGAAAAAAAUUCAGUAAAAUUGAUCGGAUUCUGGUCUAUAAAUCUUUUCAAAAUAGAUGGCCUGAUGCUUGUGUUAGAGUUCUUCCUCGCGGUUUCUCAGGUCACAAUCCUCUUUUAAUUUCGGUGAAUAAUUUGAACUUUGGUCCUAGGCCAUUCAGGUUCUUUAGUUCUUGGUUAGAGAGACCUGAGUUUGGAAAGGUGGUGGAAGAUGUUCUCGUUGAUUUUUGGUUCUCGGGUCCUCCUGACCAGAAACUGCUUAAUAAACUAAAGAUUUUAAGGGACAAAAUUAGAAGCUGGAGAGAUGAGAUGAGGUUUAAAGAAGGCGAGGAAGAGGCUAAAGCUAAAGAAGAACUCGAAGAACUGGAUUCUAUUAUGGAAGACAGGGAUUUAUCGGUCGAGGAAGAAUGGGUUAGGCUGGAAUGCAAAAAGAAAAUCUAA